AUGUCAAAUUCUCAGCAAGAACUAGACUUGGAUACAUGGUGGCUUCGCACAGACCUAGAUGAUCUCGCUCUAUCAGGCCUUUCAGAUACAUAUCUACCAAGCUUGAGCGACUGGCUGAUGGAAGCGGAUCAGGAUGGGAAUAUGAUGCAGUCACCAGAGGUUGGAUAUCAACACGGUGAACAGGUUGAUAGAGGGUCUAUGGGGCUUCAGCAUUCAUCUGGUAGAUGGGGCCAGACCUCCAUUACAUGUGACAAUGCCACACCAGUCAGGUCAAUUGCAUCUGAGGACAAGCAGGACUUGUCACAGCUUUGUGACGGGGAGUUGGAGCAAUUCAUGCGGACCUUUGAGCAGGACAUAGGAUUACAACAAUAUGAGGGCUUGAGAUCUUUACAUGAGCCUCCAGUUGGGGAGACAAGCGUCUCUGAGUAUGUAGGAUCAGGCUAUCUUAACAAUCAAGACCUCCACCCCAAUGAUCAAGACUCCACCCUGCAGACAUUCGAUGCUGUUGAUCAGGUCAGCCAAAAAUGCCUGACUAUCACCACAAUUGACCGGCAACGGGGUCCUCGGGAAGUAAGGACAAAAGACAAUCUGGACACAGUAGAACCCAAGCAAAAGAGAGCAGUUUGGUUAGCAGGACGUGGAAGACCUCCAAAGAGAUGUAUCCUGAGGCAGCAAAAUGGGGCUGCUUUCCCAGAUACAAAUGGGAAGUUUGUGAGUGCAUUGGCAAUGCCAGGUAUCAGGAAUGUAGCUGCAUUCAUUGGGUGUCAUGGGUCUACAAUCAGACGGGCUAUGGCACGAGCAAAUGAGGAUAAGGGCAUUGUUCUUGGAAUCUGGCGGGUCGAGGAAUACAAUGAGAAUGAAGCAGUCAAGGAUGAGGACUUGCUGAUACAACUUGAGGAACAGUCCUAUCUUGGUCAACAGACUCAUCAAGACUCUGUGGUAUCAGCAGGGAAUCAUUGCUGCAUUGACGGAUCAGAAACAACUCUGAGUGAUGUUCAUACUGGUCUCAAUACUGCAGCUGGCCAUGAGCAGAACAUAAGUCUUGCAUCACCUUCACUCAGACAAUCAUCUUAUCUGUCAGUAGAUCCGGUUCAACACUUGACAGCUGCAGGCGGACAGGCUUCAGGUGCUGCAAUUGUAGGCAGCGGCUAUAUGAUCGAGUAUCCCAAAAGAUCACUGAAACCUGGGGCACUUGCAAAGCUAUACCUUGUGAGGCGGGCAGACGGGGAGCAUUUCGACCAUGAAGAGAAAUCAGUACCCUUCGCUCUGAUAUGUACGGACAGGGAUGAAUACAUUAGGAAGAACAGUCUUAUCCUGCCAAUGCAGAGAUCAAACUCAGGCUCAGCAAAUCAGCACGAGACAUACAAGAGCUCUCAUCAGGCCGGAUCAACAGUCCUGCUAUCAUCAGAGGACAGCCUUGUUUCGACCAAUCCUAUCAAUCCUGCUAUUGGCCACCAGGCAUCAGACCUUGAAGGCACAAUUGGUAGUAGGGAACAGGCUGUGUUUCACACCAAGAAAGGGCAAGCGGCAUUCCGCUCAGUAGCUACUAGGAAGAAGAUGCAGAAAAGUGCAAUCAAUCACCACCAAAGCAUCUCUGACGCAGCUAAAACAAGAAUGUUGGAAAUACAUGAAAAACUUCUUCAUGUGGAGCGAGUGGAUGGGACUAGCUUUCCAUACAAUAAGCAGCAGGUAUAUUUUGCAAUCAUACAAGGUAGACUUGCUGCUAGCAAGUUUUUAGAAUGUAACCUCACUACAAUCCGGUACGCUCUGCAGAAGAGGGGCAAAAAGAAGGGCAUUCUGAAGAAAGUAUGGAGAGUUAAAGACCUAGGCAAAGCGAUUCCUUCUGCUUGA